AUGAUCGCCUUUCGCAACACCAUCAUUUUGGUGGUCGUCAUUUCUCUCUUCACCUUCAUAGCCCUUUUCGGUCGGCUUCCAGCUCUACGCAAGACUCCCAUCGGCUUCAGUCACAGGCUGCUCUGCAUAUACAUUCCCAAUGGCUUCCGUCAAGUCGACUCACGCUAUACCGGUGGUCGCAUGAACGCUAACAUCGCACAAUUGAGCAACUACCUCUUCCACCAAAAGAACCCUCUCGUAUUACUCCUGUUUCUGGUCCUCUUGACAGGCAGUGCAACUCUCUUCCUCCGGGCUGCGCUUCCUCACCUGAGCACCUCCUUGAUUUUACCCAUACCUUUCGUUGUGCUGGCUCCCUAUACCUUUACCUACCUCUGCGUCACCAGAAAGACCGACUACAUCACUCAUGCGAACCAUGCACCCGCGAUGCGACAAUACCCCUACGACCACAUACUCUUCCGUCCCGACAACCUCUGCCGUACCUGCAACUUUACGAAGCCUGCAAGAAGCAAACACUGCUCGUUGUGUGGCGUCUGUGUUGCAAGAUGUGAUCACCACUGCGCUUGGAUAAACAACUGUGUUGGGAGACACAAUUACCGCUAUUUCCUGCUCUUGCUCCUCAGCAUCGGUAUUGUAGAACUCUACGGCGCAUAUCUAUCCUGGUCAGUCCUGUCACCACACCUACAUCUUGGUCACUCCAAGUACGGUUGGUUGGAAAAACAAUACUGGGCAGAGUUGGGCAACGCCUUUGUCUUUGCAAUGAGCAUCGGUGGAAUCAGUGUUGCUGGUGUUGGUCUCCUUGCCAUCACUACUAUGCCGCUACCAUUUGCACUCUUCGCAUAUCAUCUCUAUCUUAUCUGGGCUGGCAUGACUACUAAUGAGAGUGCAAAGUGGGCAGACUGGCGAGACGACAUGACCGACGGUAUGGCAUGGAUAGGGAAGCGUAGUGUUAUUGAAGCUCACAACAAGGAGCGGAAAGCACGCCAUCUGCGGAAUCGCAACAGAAUGAGUGGACUGGCUGGUCCAGUACCAGACUCCGACGAAGACGAAGAGGAAUACGUUCCUUGGCCAAAGCACAGCGACCAGACCCUUGUUAGCACUACAGACGGAAAGGCCCCCACAGGACAGGAACAGCUCUGGGAGAGAUGCAUGAGUCUGGACAUGGUGGAAAACAUCUAUGACCUGGGCUUCUGGCGUAACUUUGUUGCUGUCAUGACCGGUAGGUAG